AUGCCCGUCCACUACAACACCCACACAAAAGAGCUGUACCUACGCUUAGCAGAACCCUUAUCCAACAUAAUCAUCACCCCCCACCGUCUGAACCAACUAGAAGAAACAAUCGAUGCAAAAGUUCAGCUCCUCAAUGACCCCAGAAUCUUCCUCAAACUUAGUGGCCCUCCGUACCCCUAUCUCCGUGAACAUGAAGAGGAAUGGGUAAAAACGAAAUGCGAAGCGGCAGAGCCAGUUCUCAGUGCCCUGCGCGUGGAAUUCGAGACAUCGGUCAAGGAGCAACAGUUCUUUGAUCUCUGUCCUUUCACCGUUAUUCGUGAGGUCACAGAGCAGGACCCUAAGACUGGGGAUCCGCUUAAGGAUAUCUUGAUUGGUGACAUUGGGAUAGAUCGAUCUGUGUUCUAUGAACAUAAGCGUGGUAGUAAGGAGAGAGCCGAGGCGCAGCGAUUGAAUAAGGAGUUACCUGCUGGGGACGAGAGGAUUGUUUGGGGAACAGGCUACUUCCUAGCUCCUUCUCACCACGGCCGGGGGAUCAUGACGUACGCAAUGCGAACGGUUCUCCAAGACUGGGGUGUGCCGCGUAUGAAUAUUAAGAUACUCAAGGCUUCUGCUUUUGUUGAGAAUAAAGGCAGUCUCAGAGUCUUCGAGAAAAAUAACUUUGAGGUUGUCUGCACGUUGAAGGAUUGGGCGCCUAUCUCUGAGAGCAGAGGUGGAGGAACGAAGUCCCUUGUACUUGUCAACUGGAAGGGCUUAUAA